GAUAGUCUAAAUUAAGAGCAACUCUCAUCAUACUCUUUUUGAGUGUUUAAUUAUCAAGCAACAGCCUAACUAAGCCAAUAGUAUUUCUCUUUUUGGGAGUGGAAAUGGAAGCUAAGUUGAUUGACCCACAGGAACAAGAGGGAACAUGCCGUUAUAUUUUAACCAGUGUGUAAAGAAGGCUGUUAUGCAAUCAAUGAUCUGGGUUUUUCUCUUCAGAGAAAUUUGUUGUACAGAAAAUUGCUGUUGGGAUGAAGCUUUGCAGCCUUGCAGUCCUUGUACCCAUUGUUCUCUUCUGUGAGCAGCAUGUCUUCGCGUUUCAGAGUGGCCAAGUUCUAGCUGCUCUUCCUAGAACCUCUAGGCAAGUUCAAGUUCUACAGAAUCUUACUACAACAUAUGAGAUCGUUCUCUGGCAGCCGGUAACAGCUGACCUUAUUAUGAAGAAAAAACAAGUCCAUUUUUUUGUAAAUGCAUCUGAUGUCGACAAUGUGAAAGCCCAUUUAAAUGUGAGCGGAAUUCCAUGCAGUGUAUUGCUGGCAGAUGUGGAAGAUCUUAUUCAACAGCAGAUUUCCAACGACACAGUCAGCCCCCGAGCCUCCGCAUCGUACUAUGAACAGUAUCACUCACUAAAUGAAAUCUAUUCUUGGAUAGAAUUUAUAACUGAGAGGCAUCCUGAUAUGCUUACAAAAAUCCACAUUGGAUCCUCAUUUGAGAAGUACCCACUCUAUGUUUUAAAGGUUUCUGGAAAAGAACAAACAGCCAAAAAUGCCAUAUGGAUUGACUGUGGAAUCCAUGCCAGAGAAUGGAUCUCUCCUGCUUUCUGCUUGUGGUUCAUAGGCCAUAUAACUCAAUUCUAUGGGAUAAUAGGGCAAUAUACCAAUCUCCUGAGGCUUGUGGAUUUCUAUGUUAUGCCGGUGGUUAAUGUGGAUGGUUAUGACUACUCAUGGAAAAAGAAUCGAAUGUGGAGAAAGAACCGUUCUUUCUAUGCGAACAAUCAUUGCGUCGGAACAGACCUGAAUAGGAACUUUGCUUCCAAACACUGGUGUGAGGAAGGUGCGUCCAGUUCCUCAUGCUCGGAAACCUACUGUGGACUUUAUCCUGAGUCAGAACCAGAAGUGAAGGCAGUGGCUAGUUUCUUGAGAAGAAAUAUCAACCACAUUAAAGCAUAUAUCAGCAUGCAUUCAUACUCCCAGCAUAUAGUGUUUCCAUAUUCCUAUACACGAAGUAAAAGCAAAGACCAUGAGGAACUGUCUCUAGUAGCCAGUGAAGCAGUUCGUGCUAUUGAGAAAACUAGUAAAAAUACCAGGUAUACACAUGGCCAUGGCUCAGAAACCUUAUACCUAGCUCCUGGAGGUGGGGACGAUUGGAUCUAUGAUUUGGGCAUCAAAUAUUCGUUUACAAUUGAACUUCGAGAUACGGGCACAUACGGAUUCUUGCUGCCGGAGCGUUACAUCAAACCCACCUGUAGAGAAGCUUUUGCCGCUAUCUCUAAAAUAGCUUGGCAUGUCAUUAGGAAUGUUUAAUGCCCCUGAUUUUAUCAUUCUGCUUCCGUAUUUUAAUUUACUGAUUCCAGCAAGACCAAAUCAUUGUAUCAGAUUAUUUUUAAAUUUUAUCCGUAGUUUUGAUAAAAGAUUUUCCUAUUCCUUGGUUUUGUCAGAGAACCUAAUAAGUGCUACUUUGCCAUUAAGGCAGACUAGGGUUCAUUUCUUUUUACCUUUUAAAAAAAUUGUAAAAGUCUAGUUACCUACUUUUUCUUUGAUUUUCGACGUUUGACUAGCCAUCUCAAGCAAGUUUCGACGUUUGACUAGCCAUCUCAAGCAAGUUUAAUCAAUGAUCAUCUCAUGCUGAUCAUUGGAUCCUACUCAACAAAAGGAAGGGUGGUCAGAAGUACAUUAAAGAUUUCUGCUCCAAAUUUUCAAUAAAUUUCUGCUUGUGCCUUUAGAAAUACAA